AACUAAAAAAUAAAAUAAAAUAAUUUUCAUUUUUUUCGUCACUCGCUUUUGAAAGGCAACUACUUAAAUGUAAACUUUUUGCAAGUUGAGAGAGAGAGAGAGAGAGAGAGAACGAGGGCAGGCUUGCCUCCCAUAACCACACCACCCGCCACCGCCACACCGGAGGCCCUCCCCGACAACCGGCGGUGAAAGGUUGAAGAAAGUGUAAAGCCUUUUGUCCUCCUGAAAGAUGGGUCAGGGGCUGAGUUGUGGGGCGAGUCAAGAGAAUGGAUUGUUUAGUGCAGUUCAAGUUGGAGACUUUCAAACUGUGGAAGUUUUUCUAAAAACAGAACCCCAUCUUUUACAUCAUACAACUGUUUAUGACCGCCACUCUGCUCUUCAUAUUGCUGCUGCUAAUGGCAAGAUCGAGAUUUUGAGUAUGCUUUUGGAGAAAUCCAUGAACCCGGAUGCGCUGAAUCGUCACAAGCAGACUCCACUUAUGUUGGCUGCAAUGCAUGGGAAGAUUUCCUGCGUGAAGAAGCUCAUUGAAGCUGGGGCAAAUAUCUUAAAGUUUGAUUCCCUCCAUGGAAGAACUUGCUUGCACUAUGCAGCCUAUUAUGGUCACUCCGACUGCCUUCAAGCCAUCCUCUCUGCUGCUCAAUCUAGCCCUGUUGCUGUUUCAUGGGGAUAUGCACGGUUUGUGAAUAUAAGAGACGCUAGGGGAGCCACUCCCUUGCACUUAGCAGCCCGUCAAAGGCGGCCUGAAUGCGUACAUAUCCUGUUAGACAAUGGUGCUCUUGUUUGUGCUUCAACCGGUGGAUAUGGUUGUCCAGGAAGCACUCCUCUUCAUUUGGCUGCUAGAGGGGGAUCUCUUGAUUGCAUCCGCAAAUUGUUGGCAUGGGGUGCAGAUCGUCUUCAAAGAGAUGCAUCUGGGAGAAUACCAUAUGUAGUUGCUCUAAAGCACAAACAUGGAGAUUGUGCAGCUCUGCUAAAUCCUUCAUCAGCAGAACCUCUUGUCUGGCCAGCACCUUUAAAGUUCAUAAGUGAGCUUAAUGAGGAGGCAAAAUCACUAUUAGAACAGGCUUUAAUGGAGGCAAACAGGGAAAGGGAAAGGAACAUCCUGAAGGGAACAGCUUUCUCACUUCCAUCACCCUCACCCUCACCCUCACGUUCUGAUUCUGGGUUAGAUAGUAUUUCCGAGACUAGCGAUACCGAAGUAUGCUGCAUAUGCUUUGAGCAGAUAUGCACGAUUGAAGUUCAAGACUGUGGCCACCAGAUGUGCGCACAAUGCACACUGGCCUUGUGCUGCCACAACAAGCCAAACCCCACAACUGCGAGUCUAACACCCCCAGUAUGCCCCUUUUGCCGGAGCACCAUUGUCCAAUUGGUGGUUGCCAAGAUCAAAAGUUAUGAUGAUGCUGAUCAUGACAUUACCGACGUUAGUUCCCCAAAGCUGAGAAAAUUGAGAAAGUCAAGGAAUUUCAGUGAGGGAAGUAGCAGCUUCAAGAGCUUAUCUGCAGUUGGUUCAUUUAGCAAGAUGGGUGGCCGUGGCUCAGGAAGGGUUGCUGCAGAAAAUGAAUCGAUUGAUAAGCCUUGAAACUGCGCACUUCGGCUGCACUUGCUCAGUAAAAGUUUCAAGCUGUCGAUCAAGGACAUUCCUUUCACACAACGGAAGAAAAAAACAAGGGGCAGAAAAAAAUCAAGCAAUCAUGGUUAGGGCUGGACCCAUUUGGUAUACAUAGGUAGAGGUGAGGUCCAUUUGCUAUGUAGAUUUUGACGGAAAAUAAGCUAAGAAGUGAGUUGCAGGUAUGGGUUGGUAAGUUUGAUAAUAGCUGUGUAGGGUCAUGUUGUUGUAAUCUUUGUUUACUUGAGAUUGAGAAGUAGCAUUGGUCUUCUUCGGGGUCUGUUAGAUGUCUGAAUUAGUAUUAAAAAAAAAAAAGAAAUUCUUUUCUUUUUGC